AAAUGAGACCUCGACGGCAGAGGUCUCCACAGCGAAGCCUGGAACUCUGCGAAAUCUGCACGCGACGCCACAGUCACACAGCGCGACAGAGCCCUGUACGUCAUCGUUCCGCGACGCCGACGCGGUGAGAUGACGCCCUCCCGGAAGUGGCCUGUAGGUCGGUAUGUGAAACUGGCAGUCGACGGCUCCUGGGACAAGAGCCUGCGAGGUAGCCCCUGGACUAUUUUUCUACGUAUUCUCUUGAUCCUGCCGAAGUCUUCCAGAUCCGCGUAGUGAGGAAUCGUCUCCACCAUCAUGGGGGGCGGAGACCUGAAUCUGAAGAAGAGCUGGCACCCGCAGACCCUCCGGAAUGUGGAGAAAGUGUGGAAGGCCGAGCAGAAGCAUGAGGCUGAGCGGAAGAAGAUUGAGGAGCUUCAGCGGGAGCUGCGAGAAGAGAGGGCCCGGGAAGAGAUGCAGCGUUAUGCCGAGGAUGUUGGGGCCGUCAAGAAAAAAGAAGAAAAGUUGGACUGGAUGUACCAGGGUCCUGGUGGGAUGGUGAACCGUGAUGAGUACCUGCUGGGGCGCCCCAUUGACAAAUAUGUUUUUGAGAAGAUGGAGGAGAAGGAGGCAGGCUGCUCUUCUGAAACAGGACUCCUCCCAGGCUCUAUCUUUGCCCCAUCAGGUGCCAAUUCCCUUCUUGACAUGGCCAGCAAGAUCCGGGAGGACCCACUGUUCAUCAUCAGGAAGAAGGAGGAGGAGAAAAAACGAGAGGUAUUAAAUAAUCCAGUGAAAAUGAAGAAAAUCAAAGAAUUGUUGCAAAUGAGUCUGGAAAAAAAGGAGAAGAAGAAAAAGAAGGAGAAGAAAAAGAAGCACAAGAAACAUAAGCACAGAAGCUCGAGUAGUGAUCGUUCCAGCAGUGAGGAUGAGCACAGUGCAGGGAGAUCUCAGAAGAGGAUGGCAAAUUCCUCCCCUGUUUUGUCCAAAGUCCCUGGAUAUGGCUUACAGGUCAGGAACUCUGACCGUAACCAGGGUCUUCAGGGUCCUCUGACAGCCGAGCAAAAGAGAGGGCAUGGGAUGAAGAACCAUUCCAGAUCCAGAAGCUCCUCCUACUCACCCCCCAGACAUGCAAGCAAGAAGAGUACCAGGGAAGCAGGGUCCCGGGACAGGAGGUCUCGAUCCCCGGGCAGAAGGUCAUGGUCCCCAAGGCCCAGCAAACCGCACAACUCUAAGGUGAACAGGAGAGAGACAGGCCAAACUAGGAGCCCAUCACCUAAAAAAGAGGUCUACCAAAGGCGACAUGCUCCCGGAUAUACCAGAAAACUCUCCGCAGAGGAAUUAGAGCGAAAACGGCAAGAGAUGAUGGAAAACGCCAAAUGGCGGGAGGAGGAGAGACUGAACAUCCUCAAGAGGCACGCUAAAGAUGAGGAACGGGAGCAGAGGCUAGAGAAGCUGGACUCCCGGGAUGGGAAGUUCAUCCACCGCAUGAAGCUGGAGAGUGCAUCUACUUCCUCCCUGGAGGAUCGGGUGAAGCGGAAUAUCUACUCUCUACAGAGAACUUCGCUAGCUCUGGAGAAGAACUUUAUGAAAAGAUGAAAACUGUCCCCUCUCUUACUGGUUUUCCUGCAUUUUCCAGGGAAGCUGCUGACCCCUUAAUUCUCUUUAUAAGAGUUCGAAUGACUUCUUUCACAGAUAUCAAACCACCACUGUUCAAAGUGACCCUGCUCCAUCGAGUCCUGGAACAGCUCACUUCCUUUGUGAGCUAGUGUAACUUGCUUUGUGGGACACUCAGUAACUUUGGGUUUUGACUCUUGAAUGGGUGGGCACGGGACCAUCUUGGUGGGAGUGCUUGUGCCGCUCUGGAAGGCCGUUCCCUGGGGUUGUGAUGUUUAUCAUGCCACUUCCUUCUUACCUGUGCCAACAGACCUAUUUCACUGCCUCAGUGUACACCAGACCCUUCAGAAACCUCUCUGGUGUCACCCAGAUAGAUUAUGCUUACGAGACAAAUUCAUGUUUACUUGAUUCAGAAGAUAAUGUUGCCGGGCGCGGUGGCUCACGCCUGUAAUCCCAGCACUUUGGGAGGCCAAGGCAGGUGGAUCACGAGGUCAGGAGAUCGAGACCAUCCUGGCUAACAUGGUGAAAACCCAUCUCUACUAAAAAUACAAAAAACUAGCCAGACAUGGUGGUGGACGCCUGUAGUACCAGCUACUCGGGAGGCUGAGGCAGGAGAAUGGCGUGAACCCGGGAGGCGGAGCUUGCAGUGAGCCGAGAUCGCACCACUGCACUCCAGCCUGGGCAACAGAGCGAGACUUCAUCUCAAAAAAAAUAAAAAAUUAAAAAAAAAAAGAUAAUGUGACAGAAUGAUGUCAGGUUAGGUCAAAGCCAAGGGAGUGACAGAAUCUGGAAAAUCAAACAAUACAAACAGCCCUAAAUGAACUGUUAACUAUUUGAUCUUUGGAUGUAAAAGUGUAAUGUGUAUAUGUACAAAUGUAUAAUUCUUACAUGCUUUUAAAAAAGGUUGGCUUUGUGAAAAUACCUUGUUUGGUCAGUGACUUUACUAGGUAAUAGAACCGCAUUGAACCUUGAUGGCAAGGAAUAAAAUAAGGCAGGCCAGCUCGUUUUUCUCUGAAUCUGGCUGAUUUAGGAGGAGCCUGGGUUUAUCGACAGGAUCUGGAGUAUCUUCUUUUCCACUGCUUGCAGUCUCCAAUGUAGGCAGUGUAAAGGUAUAGUAAAAUGAUUUUAGGAGUCAGAACCAAAUUGCCAAUAUGCUCCAUGGCUCCUAAAGGAAAAUAAAAUGGAAGCUUUUAAUUUCACGGCUUCAUUUCUUACUGUGUAAGAAAUGAAGAUUACAAUUACAGAUUUUCAGGAGUUGUUUGCUAGUCUCUUUCAGUCAGGUACUAAAAAAACAAAAAAAACCCUCAAGGGGCCCUCUUCUAUCUUUACUCCUUUUCCCUUCUCUAUUCUUUCACCAGAAGCCCUCAUUUGACCAAUGAACUCCUAGGCCCUCUUGACCCGCACAUUAGCAGGGCGAUUUCCUUGUUCUGCUAAUUCCUAAUUCUGCUUAAAAUGUAUUUGGAUUUCUGUUUUUCAACACUUACGCUGCCAGGCACUGUAAUGCUUGAAACCCGAUCUUUCCCUAGAGAAUGUAACGUAAGUUUUUUCAUUUAAUCACUUCAUCAUGCUUCCUUAUGCCGGGGUUAAUUAUGUUUAUUUUAUUAAUUGGUAAUAAAGGCCACAUUUAUUUUUGUAACUGUUUAAA